AUGUUUUGUCUCGACGCUGUUUUGUUACUAAUGGUUUGCGUGAAAAUUUCAAAACUGGAAAAUUCUAUUCUUAACGACCUUUAUCUACGAAACACGGCUAGUUUACAGGACUUAUUGAUGAAUGAACGCGACAGAAAGUUGAGCUACAGGAAAAAUAUCCCACCCUCGCCAAUGGUAAGCAUAGACCUGUAUUUUGAACUGCUGAGUCUUAACGAAUUUGAUGAGGCACGUGGCCGCUUUGAAUGCAACGGGAUGUUACGGCUCAAUUGGUCUGAUAGGCGACUGUCUUGGGACAUCUCUGAGUUUAACAAUACCAUGGCGAUACCCUUUAUGUCUUCUGAAGUUUGGAAACCACAGAUAUCACUGUUGAACACUUUCUCAAAAUUCAUCAUCAUCAACGAUAGAAAAGAAGAAUCUGUUAUUUGGUUUACGAGUGACGGAAUCGCUAACUUAAUGAUCGCCGGAGUAUAUGACGUCACAUGUGACCCAAACGUGAAAUAUUUUCCGUUCGAUUCUCACGAGUGUGUCCUUCUAUUUAUUCCAUUUGAAAAUCUUCUUUUUCCGGAUGAUGCAUCACCAUUUACGAUAGGAAUAAUGAAAGAUUCCAUCAUCAAAGACAACUUUGAGGAUCGGGAUGAUGACGGAAAAUGGAUUUACAAGACAACAAACCCAUGUAUUGUAAAACUACCGAACCGGAAACUAAGUGUUGUGGCGUUUCCGGUCAUCAUUCACCGACGAUCAACCUUUGCCCUUGUGAAUAUCAUCCUACCUGUGAUGAUGCUUGGAUUUCUGAAUUUGACCGUUUUCUUCCAACCUGUUCAAGCAGGAGAAAGAAUAUCUUUCUCUAUAACAGUAUUGUUGUCUUUUACAGUGUUCAUGAUUUAUAUAGGGGAGAUAAUUCCCGAAACUUCUAACCCGAUGCCGUUGCUAAGUUAUGUUCUUGUGUUUAAACUCGGCUGUAGCACUUGCAUCGUAAUAGCUAUAACCAUAGUGACGAGACUUUUCCAUCGGGAGAAAAGGAAAGUAUCUCCAUGGGUGCAUAGACUGUUGGCACGUUUUUUUAACAUGGGCCCGUGCUUUUCCUGCAGAGAAAGAGAUGAGGGUGUGUCGAAAACGAGAGAUGAAAAGAAUGCCUCACGAGACAGUGAGCAGGAAAGCUACAACGAGGUGACACACAGCCUGGAUGAACCAAAAGACGACUGGGGCAGAAUGUGUUUAGCUUUAGACAAAUUGUUCUUCUUAUUUUUCCUGUCUCUGUUGCUAAUGGAAUCUGUUUCUUAUAUCAUAGCUUAUUUCAUAAUAUCAGCCAGUAAGGGUCACAACAACGCAGAAUCGCAGAUAUGUACGAAUGGAUUGGAAUGAUAAUUCAUGAGAAUAUAGGCAGCUUGAUUUCCACAAAUGUAAUGGUUGUUAAAGUACUGUGGCUGGUUCCACGAAACGGUCGAAUGAAACUUUGGAACACCAGUACUGGAAACAUACACAGGAAACAAUUCUAUUUUAGUUUGAAAUGUGUGUGCGUGAGUGACUGCUGUCCGCAGUGCAUAUGAUGAACACGAACAUAUUUUAUCUCUAAUUAAGGGCCCUUGUGUGACAGCAUGAAAAUACAAAUGUGUACAUAUAUUAGUACGGAAAAAGAAGUGAUUACAUGACACUUAGUUUGAAGACAAUGCCACUGUUGUUAAUUGCAUAUAUUGUUCAAAAUAAAUUUCCCAAUUAGAUUUAGAAUGUA